AUGGCAGAUGCCUUAGGUGUUGCAGCCAGUGCCAUUCAGGUCGCUGAUGCCGGCUUCAAGCUGUAUGGCGCAUUAUCGCACUACAUUCGUGACUACAUCAAUGCGGAUCAGCACGCCAAAAGACUGGCUGACGAAGUGCAUACGACAUCUUGGGCACUGCAACAACUUGGUACAUUCUUAAAUGAAGACGACGAGGUCAAAUUGUGUAAGCCAGCGGUUGUGAGAGAGACCGAAGCGGCUUUGAAGGGUUGUCAGGGUGCUUUCGACGAAGUAAGCAAGAUACUGGAUGAUUUUGUCCCGGAUGGCAGUAUUGGGAGUAUCAAGAAGCGAUGGAAAUGGCCACUGAAGAAAGACAAAGCGGUGCUCUUAUUGGCACAAUUUGAACGCUUGAAGACUACUUUGCUACUGGUUUUCAAGGUCCUAUCAUACGCAAGCAAGCUUGCCUCUUCUAAAGCAAGGAGUGGCGCAUCCCUGGUCGACGAAAAGACACAGGUCACGUACCUCGCUCAAGCCAAGGAGAACGCUGAGGCAACAGAGAAGAGGCUGCUUGCCCAAGCCACCGCACUUAGCACAGAAGAUGCGAAAGCACAUUUCUACCUUCCCACGGCCUCUAAGUCAUCGGACGUAGUGACAUUGCGCACUCUGGACAACUUGGCUUCAGUAGCGAAACAUGGUCUCCAAGCAGGCCAGACCGCUCCCACGAUGACAAAUGCUAUUCCUCACAAUAAUUCUGGAGGUCUCAGAGCCUCUACCAUAGAGUCACUGUCUGCGGAGGAAUUACCUGGGUCGUUAGAAACGAAUGUGUUCGUAGGUGCCAUGCUACAGCCGGACUCUUCCACGGACCUUCUCAGCGUACAUGAUCGAGUCAGCACUGUGCCUCCUCCUCCUCCAAAGUCUCUUUCGCAAGCUACGGAGAAGCAAGUAGAAUUGUCGAAGCGCGAGCAGAUACUGCUUGGUCAUCUAAAUGACUGCAUCACGGCAGUUGCCCGAUUGGCAUUUGCGUUGCAAAACGCGCGGAAGGAUCUGCAAAAGGAAGGCUCGAUGCCAGUGUCCCAGAUCUCUCAAGCUCUAAGGUCAUCGAAAAGAGCUGUGGAUACUCUGGUCACCGCCGAGCGCGACGUGGAUAGCGAAGGGGAAGCGGAGAGGUAUCCUGUAGGAAGGGAGACCAAACCUGUUGGUGGCGAGUUCGAAAGGUAUGGUAAGUAUUUCACACCAAGCCAGCAAAGCAUAGGAAUGCACAGCCCGAACUUGCUUCAUCUGCAGCCGCUGCAGCAACAAUGCCUACUACAACAGAGUCCACAACAACAGAGUCUACAACAACAGAGUCUACAACAACAGAGUCUACAACAACAGAAUCAACAAUAUCAACUACCGAUAAAUCCCCACUCACAUGCAAACUUUGGUCAUCCGCCAGGCCGGCCGUCCGCCAGCGGAGCAGAGACCCCUGCAGACGACACUAAAGGGAGACCGUCGAACAGCAGCCAACAAACUCAGCAAAUCGGCUCGUCCAUAGGUCAUCACGCCUUACAAGAUUACCAAAUCGCGCUUAUGCUUGUGGAGCAGCAGAACAAGAAGCGCCUGCUCAUGGCACGUCAGGAGGCUGAUAGUGCGGCGGAAGCGGGACUUGGAGUGCCAGCGCGAGCCCCACCACUGAGCGGUCCUGAAACUAGUACCUUAAUCAAGCCAGGGGAGCUGCGCGAUUCGUCGAGGAGGAAGGCUCGGUCAACUGCAUCCCAACCCGGCAUUGGCCGGUUCCAGUACAAAUUCGGCGGCCAGAGUGAAGCUGGAGAAUUCGACUCAAUGACCGGCGCUGCCUCAGACACGGUCCAAGAGAUUGGAAGCUUCGACUGGGACCAGGGUCUACCGAGUGAUGCUAGUCGUCUAAAUAAAUUCGUCUUCGACUUCGACUCCUCUGACUUCGAUCGAAGAGGAUCUUCGAGCACGGUGCCAGGCGGGGUACAGAAAAGUCCACGAGACGGGCGCUUGAAGACUAUCUUUGGAAGUCAUGAUGACGGUGAUCAUGAUUCAGACAGGGUAGUAGUCGAAGUCGGGCCUCUUAGGUUACGAAGAAGUCUAGACGCUCGAUUCGAAAAUGAUGGAAGUGCACAAGUAUCAGCAGAUACGGCUGGCGAGAGCGAUGUCUCGGAACAGGAGGGAAUGGACGAAGAUGGGACGAGUUACUUGGAUCAUACUGAUAUUGUUGAGAGGCUAUUGAGGAAGUGGACCACGGUAGCGACAUAA